AUGUCUACACAUGGGUAAAAAAUUAGAAAGGAGAUAGUUAUCAGGCAAAAUAUAAAAAGAAAAUUGAGCUAAGCCGAUGCUAAAUUGGAAGAUUAGAUGAUGGUUAGUGGAAGCUUUGCUGUUGAGCAAGCCAAAUUUAUAUAAAUUGCAAUACGAGAUUGCAAUCAAACUUAUUUGAAUGAAAAAUACAACAAUACCAAAUAAUGUAAGUCUAAAGAUGAGAUUACUAGAGUUGCUUCAUUCCUUAAGCUUUACAUAAUCAAUCAAAAUUCUUUUUUCGAUGAUAAAUCCUUCGAAGAUGUCUCUGUGAAGAAGUAUCUCAAUACAUUCUAUUUGACAAGUUUCGAAUAGAAAAGCAUCUAUUACUAUAUGCAUUUAAGUCAAAACAAUAUUAUAAGAAAAGAUAAUAUGAUGUAUGGUUCAGAUAUUGAAGAAAAAUUUAUUGAAACCAAGAUUGAUCAUAAUGUAAUAUAAGAAAUAAAUUCAACGGACCCUUACAAUAAUGCUUACAUUGGAGUGUAUAUAUUUAUGGAUGACGAGGUAAAAUAAAUUGAAAGGAAAGUAUUCAAUGUUUCUGAUGCCCUUAAGAACACCGGAGGUUUUAUGUCUGUAGUACUGAUUAUAGCAUAUAUUCUUGUUUAUAAAAUCUAGCAAGCAAUCUACUAUAACACUCUUAUUAAAAGCUUGUAUAGAUACUAGAAUAUGCUUUCUGAAUACAAGUUCUAAAGAAAAAGUAAUAUAGAGUUUUCUAUUAAUAGAAGUCAACCAUCACAAAGAGAAGCAUAACCAUAAAGAAAAACAAUUGAGGAUAAAUGA